AUGUUUGCAGUAUCUUUUUGGCGUGGCUUCAUUGCCGCGUCGUUUUUCUUCAAGUUCAGCAGUGCACAAGAUGGCAGCCCGACAGGUCCUACACACCCCAACAUUGCCAAAAACUGCAAUGCCUUCCAUACCAUUGUUGACGGUGAUGGCUGUUGGUCGUUGGAGAACAAAUAUGCAAUCUCGCAUGCCGAUUUCAUCAAAUGGAACCCUGAUGUUUCUGAUGAUUGUUUGACCAACUUUUGGCUGGGUUCGUCCUAUUGCGUCGGCGUUGGCGCAGCUAUCAGUACCACUACCAGGAGUAGCUCCACGAGCGUACCAGUCACGAGCAGCAGCUCGAGCAUUUCGUCGAAGAUUUCAUCCGCAAUCUCGUCGAGCACAAAGAAGCCCGUUACCCCAACUGCUCCAUACUCUAUUCGAGAGCCGGUGAUCACAUGGAAUGUUUCAAGCACUACGGUCGAGUCUGUCUUUCCGCCCAAGAAGACGCAGGAAGGGCAAGUGUCCUACUGUAAUAACUGGCACUUGGUUUCAGCUGGAGAAACAUGCCAGCAAAUCGUUGGAGCCGCUACGUGGGCAACGAUGGCACAGUUCCUUGAAUGGAACCCGGCGUUGGAUAGUGACUGCUCCGGGCUCUAUGACGGCUGGUGGGUGUGUAUUGGCAUACGGCCCCAGUCCGUGACUGUGUCGUUCGAUUACACCACUACAGCGAUCCCUGUGGAAGUUCCCGAACCUACGGAAUAUACACCAACAACAUUUCCUGCUGUCGACUCCAGCUUCACGGCUUCACCGACUCAAGCGGGUCUUGCCUCAACAUGCAAGGCUUUUCAUCAAGCGAAAGAUGGCGAAACAUGCAGGCAGUUACUUCAGUAUGGGCUGUUCUCGCAAGAGCAGUUCUUUUCCUGGAACCCUGCGCUGAACGGUAACUGCGAUGGCCUGUGGUUGAACUAUUACUACUGUGUAGCAGCAGGCGACUCUCUACCUGCACCUCCCACCGAAACGAAACGGCCGACUUCUAUACCCCGGAAUCAGAUCAGCACAUGCACUUCUUGGUAUCAAGCAGAUGGGUCUGAGACCUGCGAAGAGAUUGUGGGUAUGUUUGGCCGAUUCUCAAAAGCUGACCUCAUCAAAUGGAACCCCAGUGUUGGGAGCGACUGCGGAACCAUAAACACCGACGAGUACCUGUGCGUUAGUAUUCCUGGAACACCAACUACUCGGACAAUUGGUGUACCUAGUACGACUGCUCCUCCAUCCGAGGGGCCAACACAGAGUGGUAUGGUGGCCGGAUGCAGUGAGCUCUGGCUCGUCUCUCGUUCGGAUACAUGCUCUUCCAUUGCCAAGAGCAAGGGCAUUACGGAGACCCAACUUUUAACCUGGAAUCCAGCGCUAGGCACAUCCGCGUGUACGAAUCUCACCCCCGACUUCUACAUAUGUGUUGCUGCCGGGGGCGGAAGUGCAGGCACCACAACAAAGCCUCCGACCUCCGGUUCGCCAUCAACCGGCAGGCCUUCUUCUGCACCUGUCUCUUCCAGCGCAACAGUCUCCGCCGGUGGACCCAUCACGACACCUUCUCCAAUACAGGCGGGCAUGGUGGCCGGUUGUAGAAGGUUCUACUUUACGCAGGAGGGUGAUGGAUGUUGGGCAAUUGCAAACUCUGCUAGCAUCAAUUUGGAGUAA